AUCUAAAGGGUUAAUACCAUGACGUCAGACUCCAGAAGACAUCGCUGUGGUAGUGAGACACCUCUUCAUCCGGUCUAAUUGUACAUUUCAAAGUUUCCAUCAGGCCUUGUGCUCAUCCUGAAGUGUCCACUCAAGUCGCAGCCCUGCAUUUCAAAACAGAAGACGAGUAUUUCGCCAUGAAUUCUGACAUGGAUGGGGACAUAGAAAACCAGGUGGAACUGGAGGAGAAGACCAGACUUAUAAACCAGGUCCUUGAGUUGCAGAAUACUCUUGAAGAUCUCUCAGCUCGGGUGGACGCAGUAAAAGAAGAAAAUCUGAAGUUAAAAUCAGAAAAUCAGGUUCUUGGGCAGUACAUUGAGAACCUCAUGUCGGCAUCUAGCGUGUUUCAGACCACUGACUCCAAAAGCAAACGGAAGUAAGAGAGCAUCCCUCUCUCCCAGACCCACAACCCCACGCAGAUAAACCCUUCCACUAGACUAAUUUUAUCCCUAUGUCACUAAAAUGGUAAAUGUUUACAUUUGUUUUAUUUAUCAGUAUUAAUGUUUGUUUACAUUUCAUUUUCAAUGGCUUUGUUCAACAUGCUAAAAAUCCUUUUUAGUUAGGUUGUUUUUUUGUAGUUUUUUAUGUUCAGACAGGGUAUGAUAUUAAUUAGUAAUAUUUUAAAUUGUUUUUAAAAUAUGUAUUUUGUAUUUCACACUUUUGUUUUGUAGUUGAGAGUGCAGUUGUGAUGGCAUGACAGUUGCUCUCUCUGUAUCAGCACUGAUUAUACUCAAGUCGAGAGAAAACAUUUCAGGUCAUUCUGAUCAGGGAAUGAAAUUUAGACCCUUUUCUUGGUGCUAUCAACAGAAGGGAGUUCUCUGGCAUGCAUUACACCUGUGCCUCCUCUGAAUAUCUUUAUGCAUUUGUUGUGUUUGUAUGUGUAGAAUCUUACCAUUGUGUGGCAUUGCAAAUGCCUGUUUUAAUUAAAAAAUAAUAAUAAUAAUUUGCUGUGCUGUGAGUGAGUCCUUCUGUUUAGGUUCUGUAGGCCCCUGUGGUUGUUUGCUUCUCGUUCAGUCACCUCACUUCAUCUGGGAUUCAAGUCUACACAUAUUCCACCAGAGUUUGGAGGACUAUAGUCUCUGGUACCCAUCUGCUCUCAUCAGAGGAGUGAGGAACUGAGUCUCAUAGAGUAGCAUUAUUAUCCACACGCCUUCCUCUCCUUCACCCUUGCUCUCAAUCGUGAAUAUGCAUCUGAAUGUGUGUCUUCAUCUUUCACAGGGUCACCAAAGGUGUUCGGAAGGACAAACAGUCUAGUGUUUAACUAUGCAGUAACCAAUAUGUUGGAAUGAUAACCUACAGCAAGACCAAGAUUAAAACUGAAAACUGUA